AUGAACCGGCGGACGCUGGCGUUCCGCGGCGGCGGCUUGGCGGCGGCGGCCGCGGCGGCGGCGGCGGGAGGCGGAGGGGCCGAGGCCUGGGAGCGGCGGGACCCCGAGGCGCUGAACGGGCGCGGGGCGGACGAGGAAGCGGAGCUGGAGGGGCUGGAGGCCGAGGAGCUGGAGGCGGCCGGCGACGAGAAGGAGCUGCUGCUGCUGCCGCCGCCGCCGGACGCCGCGUCGCCCCCCGCCGAGAGGAACCGGCGGACGCUGGCCUUCCGCGGCGGCGGAGCGCCGCCGGGCGCCAACAAUGGCUGCGAGGCGGCGGCCUGGCCGCGGAAGCGCUACGACGGGCGGGGGGCGGACGAGGAGAUGGAGCUGGAGGGCGCGGAGGGCCUGGAGCCGGAGGGCCUGCUGGAGGGCAAGGAGCUGGCGCAGGACGGCGGCUCGCUCAGCGACAGCAGCGACGACGAGGAGGACGGCGAAGGGGGCAGCCUCGGCGACGGCAGCGGCGCGGAGGGCGGCAGCUGCAGCAGCAGCAGGCGGUCCGGGGGCGACGGCGGGGACGAGGCGGAGGGCAGCAGCGUGGGCGCGGGGGAGGGGGAGAGCGUCCGGCACUUCCCGCUGGCCAGGCCCAAGUCGCUGCUGCAGAAGCUGCACGUCUCCUUCCAGGGCUCCUGGCUGAAGGAGUUCCCAUGGCUCUACUACUGCCAGGAGACCGGCCUCAUGUCCUGCGCCUGGUGCACCGCCGCGGCCGCCGCCGCCGCCCCGCCCGAGCUGAUCCUGGCGGGCGGCCCCGUGCCCGGCGGCCACGACGAGCUCUGCAAGGGCACCCGCAACUACAAGCGGGCCCUGCUGCUGCGGCACCACCUCUCCGCCGAGCAUCGCCUGAACGAGCCGGGCAGCGCCGAGCAGGAGUCGGAGUUACCGUCAGAACUGAAUAAUGAAGGAUACUGUGAUUUUAACAGCAGGCCAAAUGAGAACUCUUACUGCUAUCAGCUCCUGCAAGAACUAAAUGAGCAGAGGAAGAAAGGCAUUCUUUGUGAUGUCAAUAUUGUGGUGAGUGGGAGGGUCUUCAGAGCUCACAAGAACAUCCUGGUUGCAGGCAGCCGCUUCUUUAAGACUCUGUAUUGCUUUACAAACAAAGAAAGCCGUAACCAAACCACUGUUACCUAUUUAGAUGUUGUUGCUGUUCAAGGUUUUUCUGUCAUUUUGGACUUCUUGUAUUCUGGUAACCUCGUGCUUACGAGCCAAAAUGCCAUUGAAGUGAUGUCAGUGGCCAGCUACCUUCAGAUGACGGAGGUUGUCCAGUCUUGCCGCAAUUUCAUUAAAGAUGCCUUAAACAUAAGUAUAAAAUCAGAAGCUCCGGAGACCGUUGUAGUGGAUUAUAACAGGAGGUCUGUUAGUAGGGAUGGUAUGUCUCCAAGGGAUCAGAAAGUUGCCAGCUUCUGGGCAACACGAAACCUUACCAACUUGGCAAGUAGCAUAAAAACUGAGAACGAUGGUUACUCAAUUGAUGAGGCCCAAAUUGAAAGCUACCAAAUGAAUGACUGCAGUUGGGUCCAGGACAGCUCACCUGAAAUGGCUGAAAAUGAGUCUCAAGGUGAGGGAAAAGUUUUUGUGUGGAAUGACAUGGGCUCACAGGGACAAUCAGUUCAAGAACCUGGAAAAGCAAGACGGAAAAACCAAACUGCAAAAAGAUUUAUUUAUAAUAUACCGCCUAAUACUGAAGAGAACUCAGAAGAUUGCUCAGUGUUGCAACCAUCAGUCCCAUAUCCAGAAGAAGACCUGUCAUUCAUUAAAGAAGAAGCAGGGACAUCAAGUGACUUCAAGUAUGGACUGCUGCCGGGGACAUCAAGUGACUUCAAGUAUGGACUACUGCCGGGUACUUCAAGUGACUUCAAGUAUGGAUUGCUGCCGGGUACUUCAAGCGACUUCAAGUAUGGAUUGCUGCCAGAAUCUUGGCCAAAAGAUGCUUGGGAAAAUGGCGAUUCCUCUGCUUUAAUCAUGAACAAGCUGAAGUGUCCACACUGUAAUUAUGUAGCCAAAUACAGAAGAACACUAAAGAGACACUUGCUCAUUCACACAGGCGUGAGGUCUUUCAGUUGUGACAUCUGUGGGAAGCUGUUUACUCGAAGAGAGCACGUCAAGAGACAUUCCUUGGUGCAUAAAAAGGAUAAAAAGUAUAAAUGCAUGGUAUGCAAGAAGAUCUUCAUGCUAGCAGCCAGUGUUGGAAUAAGACAUGGAUCUCGACGCUAUGGAGUUUGUGUAGACUGUGCAGAUAAAUCUCAGCCUGGAGGCCAAGAGGGAGCAGACCAGGUGCAGGACGCAGAUUUCCCUAGGGAUGAAGAAUAUGAAGAAAAUGAAGUGGGAGAAGGUGAUGAAGAGCUUGGUGAUGACGUAGAAGAACAGAAUGACCAGUCUCGAUGGGAUGAAUCUGGCGAAGUUUGUAUGCCUUUAGAUGACUGACGAAAGCAUAUGACUUCAGGGUGCUGCAGAUGGACACUAUAUGGAUUGACUAUUUGAAUUUUGGACUGAAGGCUUGUGAAAUAUGGUACAGGCUGGAUGGUAGUUAAGUUGCUGUGAAAAAUGUAGGGUCAAAGCCUUAUAGCAAAAAAAAAAAAGGAUUAUUAAUUUUUUUAUGAUAUUUGCACAGGACUGUACAGCAUACAACCGUUUGGUUGAAUUAUACAGAGUCCUCACAUCUACAGUCAGUUAUCAAAAGAAAAAUGUAUUUUUUAUUAUUUAUAGGAUAUAGCUACUUGGGUCCUAUUCAGAUAUAGUAACUGUACUUACGUUACACAUUCAUGUAUCUGUUAACAUGAAUGAAGAUUGCAACUUGGUAUGGAAGUACAAAGACAGCAUCCCCAAAUCCACUCAUACUUCUAGUGAACUAGUAAUGCUAAUUUGGACUAGUGGGCUUGCUUCCACAAGCAUGUCUUUGCCAUACAAACUUUACCUCUCCCAUAUGCUGAUAGGUGAAAGCCAAUUACUUAAAUAUGCAUCAUGGAUAAUGCCAAGAAUUUAUUGAAAUUUGGUUUUAAAAGUUUUGGCUUUAAGCCAGCAGGUGGUAUAGGUGAUAAGCACUGGAGAAGUUAAUAAUGGCAUUAAUUUAGUCUAUUUCUUCACAGUUUUGAAUUUUCAAGAAAGUUGCUAUUGACUUAACAGUUCCAGAGUAAUGUUGCAGGAGAAAUGACCGGUUAUCAAAGUAAUAGGCUGAUCGGAGCAUGGGCUGCUCUUCUGCCACUUAGUCAAAAGAGACAGUCAUAUUAAAAAGUGUCUGUAAUAAAGCUUUCUUCUCCCUCUAAGGCUCCCCCCUUCACAUUUUUUACUUCCCUGCUGUAUACCUCAGUCCUACAAAAUAAAAGUCCAAGGAAUGGAGAAAGUGUCAUAUUAAACAACUUUUUGAUAUAUAGUUUCUUGUCCGCUUUUUGGCUAGUUGAUGUGAUAUAAAUUGGACACUAGGCUCUUGUGCCCAUCGUUCGUCAUUUAAAAUGAACACAAACUAUUUUUUAUUCUUUUGUAUUUAAUGGGAUAUUGCUAGCAUUUAAUACAAACCAGUUACAUUAACUCGUUGACCUAAUUUGCUGGAUUUUCUUUUUUUAAAAAAGGAAAACAAAACAAAGUCCAAAGCAAAACAACGCUCUUUGAGUUGUGUACUUUUCAGGAUGAUCUGCUCCCUAUAUUCUUUAUUUCAAAUUUUCUAUAAGGCAUUUAAACUUGAAUUUUUGUAGCGAUGUGGAUUUUUUUUCUUAAGCUUGUAAUAUUGUACCAAUGAUUUUCAGGCCUCUUUCGUAGGGAGGGGAGGGCAUUACAUCUUUAUCUUAAACUCUUGUGUGUUGUCUAGCCGAAGACAAACGAAUUCAGGCAAUCAUCAGAACAAUCCAUCUGAUGUGCUGUUAUGUCACAGCGAGUAAAUAUGCAGAGCAUUUAUCAUAACACAUAGCUAGGCCAGUGUGACAGUACUGUAUAAAAACCAAUUGAGGGUCACCAUAUUCUUCAGCUUUGUUUAAUUUUAAAAGGAGUAUAUUUUUCCUAUUUUAUAUCAGGUAACUAAAUUAUGCUAGUUGUGUGAUAACCUUGAACUAUGCUUUGAUGGACAGAAUCUUAAUGGUGCUCCAUCUGAUCCAAGUUGGUAUGUAUUUAAAGAGACGAGCUUUACUGUUGUCCUUUCCAUCAGUAGAACAGUAACAUGAUGUUAAGACGUUGUUUUUGCUGAUUGAAGCUGAGAUGAGUUUGAACUACAGUUAUAUGGGAAUUAAAAUACCUUUUUUUAUCAUCAGUUUGUUUCACUGGUAGUUUCCAUGUUAUUGUAAACCUGACAGAUGAUUAGUUUUCUCGGGGCGGGGUGGGUGGGUGCCUUUUUCUUUUCUUUUUUUUUUUUACACUGAAGAAUACAUCUUUAUUCUCAUUGUUCUAUACUGAAACAAGUAAUGUGUAAUUCUGGUGGGGUCCAAAGUAGAAAUUAGUUGGGCAAAGAUGAUAUGAAUGAAAAAGUAUUUUAAACGUUAAAGUAAUGUUCUGCUUUGUGAAUAUGUAAGUAUAGCAUAAAGAUUUUUCCAUCCCAUUUAUCCCCUUUAAAACCAUAGUUUACAAUUGGUAGAUCUGUCUAUAUAUAUAAAUAUAUAUAUAUAUAUCUGAAAUUCACCUAAAUCUGCUUUAUUAGAAUACUGCUCACUUAAUGCUUAGAAACUGGACCUGGCUCUACAUUCUUAAUGUAUCUUCCUUUUUCUGUUGAUUUUUUUGUUUGUUUAUUUUUUCCUCGAGGUAUGAACUUAUUCUCUUGGAACUGAAUCUUCUUUUACUACUUAAAUCAUUUAUGUAUAUCUGGUAAAUUAUGACCAAAUUUGUUGUUAGACUGCAUACAGUAAAUUGAAAUAUACACUUGGUACACUACAGAAUUGUUGUGCUUUAUUCUGGUUAUAUUUGGAAAAGCAGGAUUUAAUAGAAAUCAGUGUUAUUUAUAAAUAUUUGGUUAUUACUCACUGGCCUUAAUGUUCUGUUGCGUUGUGACAAUCAUUGUUUCCUUGGUAGUGAUGAGCUGUGCUUUGGUGUUGCGUGUAAUUGCUCUUGGUAGAGCUGGAGGGAAAGGGAUGACCACUGCAAUGUGACACUAACUCUUCAGCAGGUGGUGUGAGGCGUUUAAUGGUGAUCCUGUCUUUUCGUGCUGGAGAACCAAAUUGAUUUGUUUGAAUGUGAUCUGCUGCUCUCAGAUGUUACUUUAAAUAUAUUACUUUGCAUAAAUUUCCUAACAAUUACCAUAAAAGGGACUACUCAAAUUUCUUUACCAGUGUAAAAGGUAGGAACAAAUUUGCCCUGGAACCCAUCUUCCUCUUAAAUGCUGUAAUAGACAUCAUAGAGAAUUAAAAAAAAAAAACAAAACAAACACUGCCCUUAGACUGUCUCCCUUAUCCUUCUAGAUGUUCUAAUUUGAUACCCAGUAACGUAUUUUGUUUUCUGGUAAAAUACAGAAACAGAGGGUUUGAAAGGGACAUCUGGGGAUUGAAUCCAGUGCCCCUGCUGAAGGAGGAUCCUUACUGCAGGUCACACAGUAAAGAAAGCAUCCAAGCAGGUCUUGAAUACCUGCAGAUGAAACUGUACAGCCUCUCUGGGCAGCCUGCUCCAGUGCUCUGUCAUCCUCACAGUAAGGAAGAUUUUCCUCACGUUCACGUGGAACUUGAUGUUCUGGUUUGUGCCCAUUCUGCCUUGUCCUGUCACUGGGUGCCACUAAAAUGCCCGGCCCCAUUCUCUUUUGACACCUGAUAGCUUCCAAACUAAGUGAGAGUUGCUUAUAUGGGGCAAUGUCAUGCAAGAACAGUUUUCUGAAAAGGGCCGUGCGUGUUUGAGAUGGACAGAUGAGUUCUCGCUGCUCUGUGGCUGUCUAUUGGCAGAAAUGUUGUGGAGAGCGAGUUUCCUUGUUUUGGUCACUUGAAGCAGUGGUGAUGGCCUUCUAGAAGAAAAUACGCAGAGCACUUUCUUGCAGGAAAUUAUGGUGCCAGACCAAAUGGAAUCACUAAGUAAAUUCACUUUGAUUAAAAGUCUCUGUCAGAGGAGGUGUAACGGCAGGAAGGCAGUAUAAUGUGUUUUGUGCCUAAGUGCAAUUAGUUAUGACACGUAUUUUUCAGUUGUAAUGUCAGGUGCAGCUUUCAGACAAAAUGGAUUUUUUUCAGUGGCAUAGAAAACGUACAUAUUUACAUUAACCAAUGGGUCAUCUAGUCAAAUAACUUUAUGAAGUGAAACCAGUUUUUAAGCCAAAGAGGAUGCCUGGUUGUCGGCACAGUAAUGCAGCUGAAGUAAGGGUUAAGACUGGGGGUCCUAAUAAGGAUGCUGUUACUUUGCAGGCAUGUGUAUUUCUGCAGAUGCACAGUUUUUUAUUACUUGCCUUCUUCCUUCAGAGCAGAAGAGCAUCAUCAGAUGACGUUUGAGGCUGUGGCAUCUGAUAGGUUUCUGCUGGUUCACUGCAGUCAUUCUGCUGAGCAGAAGAUGCUUUCUUUGCCUAGCUGUAGAUUGGUAAGGCUUGUAAUAGGUUCCUUUAAGGUUUUGGCCACCUGGUGAUGCAAGUGUUUAAUCCGUAAUAUUUUUGCAGCCUGCUGACUCUAUGUGAAUGCAGAGGUGUCUUCGUAAGACUGUACUUUAUUGGCUUAUCCUUCUUAUUUUGUUGUUAAAUAGGCUUGGCAACCAAUAUGGGAAAUGAAAACAAGAUAAUCAACCCCCACUCCUCCUGCCAAAAGAAGGUGAAAAAGGAGAAAAAUGUUAGAAACAGUGUGAUAAGAAAACAGUUUGGUUUAGAGUUAUUACAGUUCUGCUUAUUACUCAAACGUUUCAAACAUUUCACUAUUUCUCUGUAGCACAAUUUGGUGACAGCCUUUUGAUGAAGGCACUAUGCUAGAAUCUGAGUUUUGGUUUCGUUGGUCUUUUCCAGACUAAUAGCACUGAGAAGUUUUUCUGGAGGUAUUUUACCAUAUGGUGCAGUUGUAGCAUCCUUCUGCACUGUGGGUGUAAUCUGUUGUCCGUUCGCUUAUUCUAUUAAUGCGUACUCUUUAGAACUGACAUUUGUGUGUUUUAAUAGCACAGUGUGUUUCACUGAAUGCCAUGGUAGAGGUUCAGCGCUGAAAAAGAAUUAAGUUGUUAUUAUAUAAAUAUGCUAUAUAAAUAUAGCAAAUUUAUUUUGCUAUAAAAUUUAGCAAGUUUAUAAUGAAAUAUGCCCUUUUUCAAUAAAGAAAAUACAUGUUUGAAAUCCAGGGGCAGGAGAAGUGGUGAGCUGGACACUUGGAGGUGUUGAAGAUUAUAUAUAUACACACACACUGUUUUUUAAAAGAAUUUUUAUGUUAAAAAGAAAAAGUAAAAAAUACAUUAGGAGGCUUCUAUGAGUUCAGCCAAUUUCAUUUUCCAAUUUCCUAGGUACUUUGUAUUUCACAUUGCUGCGAUUUGAACAAAUGUUGAAAUUAAGAUGUGUAAUGUUGUGCUUACCUGAAUUGUUCUGGAUUAGCUGCUUCAGAACGUGGACAUAAAUCAUUUCUCACACAUUGAUACGUAAACAGUUCCAGGAAUUCUAAUAAUUUGUUCCUCAACAUUUAACUUACCGUACUGCAAAUAAAUUUGAAACGAAUUAU